AUGGAAGUCGGAACGGAAGAUCCUAGCAGAUCGAUACCGUGCGCGCCUCCGAGGCAAAGCGGUGGCUCUGCUGCUGACGUCAUCGCUGACGCUGAGCCUGACAGGAUGGCUCGACUACUCGCAACGGCUAGCCGGCGAGGCAAAUGUGAACCUUCGGCAGAAGAAGUUCAACGGGGAGGAUUUCCCGCAAAGGUGCGUCAAUCCGAACCCGUGAUUUACGAUGACUCCGUGGACAAUGCCAGCAGCUUCGCAGCAACUUCUUUUAGCACCACCACCACCUCCACCGCCAUGAGACGAGGCGCAGCCAGCGGCUCAGCCGCCAAGACAGGCACGAGCGCGAACACCGGCACCACCGUAAACACCACCAGCGCCACCACCACCACCACUUCCAGUCCCAUAGACGGCACCGCGACUCGCGCUGGCGCGGCAUUUGAGUCCGAAGCUGGCGUUUCGUCCUUUACACGCACAGUCUUAGAAUCUGACGAAGUCCCACGUGGAGCAACAGGAGCCGUUGGAUCGGAUCCAGGAACCGGUUCAGGCACGGGCGUACCAGCAGGAUUAGGUGAAGGCUCCGGGUUAGGGACGCCCGGGAGACGAACCCCCGUGAAAGCAGCACCGGGGGAAGGCCUAACAGGGAGCUACGGUGACGAUUCGGCGCAGAUCGCUGCGGCAACGGCAGCAGCAGUGGCAGCUGCAGCUGAGUCGGGGUUGGGUAGAGUGGGGAAACGGCCUCCCCGCGUGCCGUCGACGCUAGGCGUGGAUGAGGAAUUCGAAGGGCCGGAUACGUCUUCCCUCGCCGCGUUUCUCCUUUCGCUGCUUAGUAUCAAUCCGCGCGGGAACAAGGCGAGCUCUGACACGUGUUCGGAAUCUGGGGGGUCUUACGUGGACUCGGAUUUCGAGGAGGAGGAGUAUGAGGAGGUUGGGGAGGAGGACAUUGGGGUGGUGGACGGUGAGGGGAAGGGAGGAGUGGUACCAAGCGGUUUGGGAGCAGGGCAGGAUGGGAGGGUGAGGAGAAGGGGACGAGGUGGGGUAGGAGGGGAGUUCGAUGGGGAGGAGGGAGGGGAGGGACAGGAGGAGGGUUUGAAGAAGUGGGAUACUGGGGGGGAGAGUGGGAGAGUGAGAGGAGGUGCUGGUGGGGGUGGGAGUGGGGGAGGGGCAAGGCGGGGGUGGUUACCCCCGUUUAUAUCACGCUUUGCAGCUGGCCCCAGGGGUGCUCGAUCCCGGGAAUCCUCCCCGUCAAUCACCCCGUCCUCGUCCUCCUCGUCCCUCUCCGCUGAUGCUGGAUGCGGUGACGUGGCGCUGACGUCAGCGUCCAGGUUGGAGCCGCGAGAGAACAACAAUGGGGCGAACCAAGAAGGCCUGGCGACGUCAGCAUCCGCUGCUGUGUCGUCAUCAUCAUCAUCAGUAACGCUCGUGCUCCCAGAUAUGAUGGAGGAGUCGUUCUUGUUAUCUGACACGUGUCGCUCUGUGAUUUGCCAGAGCCUGCCCGCGAUUGCCAGUGGACGCGAGUGGGUUCUCCUGUACAGCACAUUCAAGCACGGCAUCUCUCUAUCGACACUCUACCGCCGCAGCUCCAUGAUGCCUGGCCCCUGCCUGCUGGUGGUGACGGAGGAUAACGGCACCGUUUUCGGCGGCUUCUCCUCGCAAGCGCUUGUUGCCUCCAAUCGCAGAAAGUACCAGGGAUCCAGUGACGUCUUUGUGUUCACCACCAUUACAGGGGAGCCCACGGUCUACAAGGUUACAGGGGCAAACCGCUACUUCAUUCUGUGUCUGAACGAGGCUCUCUCCUUUGGAGGCGGAGGCCACUUUGCCCUGUGCCUUCAGGAGGAUCUUCUGACAGGCUCCAGCGGUGCGUGUGAGACAUUCUGCAGUCCAUGCCUCUCCAAGUCCGAGGACUUCAAGAUCAAGCAUGUGGAGGGAGGUCGACUACUGGCUCGCCAGGGGUUUGUGGUCCAACAACAUCUGAGCUGUUGGCUGCAACAUCCAGCUUGCGAGCUCGAAGAGCGGCUCUUUUGGCUUUGCCAUCUCUCCAAAUUCCGAGCUUUCUUGCCUCCCCAGGGCCUUUUGAAUCAUUCGCUGCAGUUCGUAGAUUCUCUGGGAGCAUGCUUCCAGGAAGUUCUAUUUCGUCAACCGAGCUGUGCCGAUCAUGGGAAGAGACAGGUGCCUGUCGUUAUGGAGGGAAGUGCCAGUUUGCACAUGGAAGGGAUGAGCUUCGAGCUGUUGCACGCCAUCCCAAGUACAAGACUGAGGUUUGUAGAACUUUUAAUCUGA